UUUAUAUAUCUAAUUAGAAGAACAAUAAGAUAUGCAUAUUAUAGGGGAAAAAAUUGCGUCUGUUUAAAUAUUUGAAUUAUUAAUCCGAACUGAAUACAAAAAUGAUAUUUGAAAAAAUGACGAUGUGUUAUUUGUUACUGUUAAUACAUGUAAUUCACUCCAUACAAGCAGAUGAUGGAUCUAAAUGGAAUACAGAGGCUCAAAAAGAGUUAGUCGCAUCUAUCUCUUUAAAACACAAUACUAAUGUAGCUAGAAAUGUUAUUUUGUUUCUUGGUGAUGGUAUGGGAAUAUCAACAGUAUCAGCUGCCAGGCUUUAUAAAGCCCAGUUAACCAAUGCUGUAGAAGGGACGUCAACUUUAUCAUUUGAAAAUUUCCCUUAUGUUGCUCUAUCAAAGACAUAUAAUGUAGAUAGACAGACGCCCGAUUCUGCCGGGACAGCGACAGCUUUUCUCUGUGGUAUUAAAGCUAAUGCUGGUACAGUAGGUGUUAAUAGUAACGUACCAAGAACAGACUGUUUAAAAGAAAAGGGAAAUAAAGUAGAUUCUAUAUUAGACUGGUCGAAAUCAGAAGGUAAAUCCGUUGGUGUGGUUACAACAUCGCGAGUAACUCACGCCACACCAGCGGCUUCCUAUGCCCAUACUGCUGAGAGAAACUGGGAAAAUGAUGGUAAUAUGGAUGGUGUGCAAGGUGGUUGUUCUGAUAUAGCUAAACAGUUGCUCAUAGACAAUUCAUUUAUACAGGUUGUAAUGGGAGGUGGCAGAUCCAAUUUCAUCCCAACAUCAGAUGGUGGAUAUAGAAAAGAUAACCAAAAUCUUAUUCAGGCGUGGAAAACAGCUCAGAUGAAAAAUGGUCGUAAUGGAACUUACGUGACAAGCAAGACACUAUUAGAUACAGUGGAUACAAUCAAAACAGAUAAUUUGCUAGGUUUAUUUGCUGAUUCCCACAUGGAUUAUUCGAUUGAUCGCCAAAUCAGCAACAAUUCGAAUGACCAACCAAGUCUAGCAGAAAUGACUAAAGUCGCUAUCGAAAUACUGAAGAAAAGUUCCAAGGGCUUCUUCCUUUUAGUGGAGGGAGCACGUAUUGAUCAUGGUCAUCAUACAAACCAAGCUAGGCGAGCUUUACAUGAUACAGUAGCUUUUGACGAGGCUAUAAGAACAGCUAUAGAUAAUGUAAAUAAUGAGGAAACAUUAAUAGUUGUUACAGCUGAUCAUUCACAUGUAUUUGCUAUGGCAGGUUAUCCUCAAACUGGUAAUGAUAUAUUAGGCUUUGUGCAUCCAGUAGCUAAAGAUUACGGACCUACUGAUGGUCUACCCUAUACAGCUCUGAUAUAUGGAAAUGGGCCUGGUGGAGACUCAGAAAGUGAAAUAAGCAGACUGUCUGGUUUGCCCCGCAAAAAUCUCACCUCUGUUGACACACGAAAUGUCGAUUUCAAGUUUCCCGCAGCAGUGAAAAUGCCUUCGGAAACCCACGCAGCAGAAGAUGUCGGAAUUUUUGCCACUGGUCCAAUGUCUCAUUUAUUUCACGGUGUCCAUAAUCAAAAUUAUAUUGCUCAUGUCAUGGCAUAUGCUUCUUGUGUUGGUAGUAAUAAAAAACAUUGUGAUAAAUCAAGAAAUACUGGCAUCGAUAUAAAUAUAGAUAAUUCCUUGAUAGGGUAUCUAAUAUUACAUUACUUACAUCAAUUCCUGAUUAACAUAAAUCCCUAAUAUAUACAUACAAUUUAUUAAACUAUAAAUACACACUACAGAGUAAUGUAAACAGAAUAUUUUUGUUUCUUUGUAUAAUC